UGCGUCUUUCAGCCGACGCUGCCAGCGUGACGUAUAAUCUAGUGGACGGUUCUUCAGAAACAGCUCGUCAACCACCUCCGUAGCUUGCUAGCCAACAUAGCCGAAAGAUUCAAGCUAUUUAGACGCUUUUGGUGUAUAUUACCUACUGAGUUUUAGACACACUUAUAUCGUAUCUACUUGUUUACCUAUUUAAUUUAAUAUUACGUUAUUUUGUAUUAGUCAGCUAUAGUAGCUGGCUGGUUAAGUUAGCACUAGCCUAGUCGCUAAUGAUAGAUAGCUAACAUCCCCGAACAUGAGCUCCCUAAACUACUCCCCUCCUGUUAAAGAAGAGGUGGUCUGCUGGACGGAGAAAGAUGCUCUGGGGCUGAACAUUGUCGUGAAAGAUGAGAAGGAAGAGGAGGAUGUCACAGUAAAACAACAAGUAGAGAGUGAGGCUGUUACAGUGAAAGAAGAGAGAGACGUUUCAGUUAAAGAAGAGGAAGCCGCGUUCAGAGUGAAAGAGGAGGAGGAUGUUAUAGUAAAGGAAGAGAAAGAGGAGGAUGCAGUUUUCAGAGUGAAAGAGAAGGGGGAGAUGACUGUCACAUUGAAAGAAGAAGAGGUGGAGAAAGGAGAUCUGAUUAACACCAGAGAGAGACGGGAGUAUCAUGGAUCCUCUGGGGAGCCUCAACAACCUCAUGAUGCUGACAAGGCAGAACAGUCUCUCUCCAGGUCAGAACACCUCAAGAAACACCAGCAGACACCAACAGGGAAGAAACCUCACUGCUGGUCUGACUGUGGAAAGGUCUUUUCAAAAUCAUAUACAUUACAAUCACACCAUAGAACACACACAGGAGAAAACCCGAAUAGCUGUACUCAAUGUGGGAAGAGUUUUGUUUCAUCUUACUAUUUGACUAUACACCAGAGAAUACACACAGGAGAGAAACCUCAUGGCUGUACUCAAUGUGGGAAGAGUUUUGCUCAGUCAAGCUGCCUGAUAUCACACCAAAGAACACACACAGGAGAGAAACCUUAUAGCUGUGAUCAAUGUGGGAAGAGUUUUAUUCAGUCAAGUCAUCUUAAAGCACACCAGAGAACACACACAGGAGAGAAACCUCAUAGCUGUGAUCAAUGUGGGAAGAGAUUUACUCAGUCAGGUGGCCUGAUAUACCACCAGAGAACACACACAGGAGAGAAACCUUAUAGCUGUGCUCAAUGUGGGAAGAGUUUUGCUACAUCUAGCAAUCUGACUAUACACCAGAGAACACACACUGGAGAGAAACCUCAUAGCUGUAACCAAUGUGGGAAGAGUUUUGCUCAGCCAAACAACCUGAUAUCACACCAGCGUACACACACAGGAGAGAAAUGUCAUAGCUGUGAUCAAUGUGGGAGGAGAUACUCUCGUAAAAGAUCUCUGAUCAAACAUCAGAAAAUACAUGCAUGAAAUAAUGUCACAAUGUUUUUAACUUUGUAGUAGGAUUAUUUUAAUGAUGUCACAAUGGCAAAGUUGUCUAAUUACUAUGUCAUCGUAUUUCCAGGACACUAUAGUGUCUUCUCAGAUAAUGGUAGCUAGCUAACUAUCCUUUUCACUGUUGUUUAAGCUGCAGUCAGAGUCAGUCAGAAUGUCCCAAUGUAGAACCCUAAACGUUUGUCCUCUGUUUAAUUGAUUUCAACAUGAUAUGGAUAUUAGCCUCAGGGGAAAAAUCCAGGCUCUGAAUUUAAAGAGUACUAUUUAAUGCAACACUAAAAUGCAACACUUCAAAAUGUAGCUAGCUGUUUUCUACAAGUUGUCCUCUAACCAGUGAUGUACACAUUAUUCCCAGAUUCCGUGUGGUUUUUAAGCUGUUAGUUUUAACAGGACAUACAACCUCAUCUCCCUCCUCUCGCGCAAUUGAUUUCAACAUGAUAUCGAAGAGUGAUGACAAAUGUUCCUUUGUUCCUUUGUUUAACGACCCCUACAUUUAAAUGCAUCACUCCAAAAUGUAGCUGACUGUCUUCUGCAGGUUGUCCUCUAACCAGUGAGGUAAAAGAUAUCUCCCAUUUCAAUGUGUUUGUUUAGUUGUGUUAGUUUCAACAGCACAUGCAACCUGAUUUCCCCCGUAAUUGAUAUCAGUGAUUUAUUGCUACUUGUCAAAACAACAGCGUUUUUGGUUCUUGUGCAGUUUAUAAGCUGCUUGUUUAAAAAAAUACAAGUAAUAUGAUUAUUGUGGCAGGUGUUUGUGUAUAUAGCACAUGUUAUGUUUAAGUUUUCAAUUUAUCCCAAACUGUUUCUGCAUAUUGGUUAUUGAUUUAGACACGUGUUUUGACAUUGGGGAUAUCCCACCUAGCAAAAUGUCAUUGCAAAGACGUUGAAAAUCAGACUAUGCAACCAAAUAUUUCAUAUUUACAAUUCAUGUAACAUUUAGUAAUCAUAAUUAUUUAUGUAACCAACUGACAAUAUUUUGGGUACAAUUAUAUUGAUAUUGUUUGCCUGCUUUUAGAAUAUCAGGGUUCAUUCUCAGAUGUGCCAACCCAAAUGUACUACAGCAUGACAUUGGGGACUGGGCCCCGAUCCAACAACAUGCCUAUCUAGUGAACCCUGAAAAGAGAGAGAAGCUCCACAGUGAGGUUGAAAGUUACUACGGAUAUUGCAGGAGUUUCCUCUUGAAAUCAGAUAUGUCCGUGGUAAGGACAACUUGGUUGCUGAUUGUCUCAAGGGUGGGCAGUCAAAAAUAUUUGUGUUUUGCGUUUAGCCAGUGCGUUGCCAUGGAUCACAAUUUAUCUUGACUGCAUGUGUUUCCGUCUUGGAGUUGGGUUGUGUUUGGGCUCGUUCCAAGGGUACGAGAGUUCUAGAUGCUAGUGAGUUCUAGGAUUCUAUAGAAAGAAAAAGGAGAAACGAUACGAUUGUAUACUAUUAUUUAAAAAUGUGUUUUUUCUUGUUUUAAAUUUUUGACAGCCAGUAGAUACACUGUUUAUAUUGAAGGUGAAGCAUUGUAGUUGAUUAUAAUGUGAAAUGGAAGUUGUUUUCUGUUGGUGGUGAGAAAACAUGUCCAACAAAAAUAUAGGAUAUAUUUGUUUUCUUAAGAGGGAAGGUGUUACAGGCUUUUUUCCAUUUAUGUUUUGAGGUUGGACUUUAGCACGUUAGGACGCACUGAUUGGUGUCACCUCGUUAGUCAGUAUGUGUUACACCUGUGCUGGCUUGUCCAUCUCGUUAGUGGGAAGGUGUUUCACCUGAGUUGGUCCGGGUUCUAUUUAAGAGUGUCUGGCCCAGUGCUCCAAUUGUCUUGAUAGAUGUGGCGAGUCAACACCUUUUAGUUGCGCCACUGUACGAGGAGGUCAGGCAGGCAGGGAGUCCUGCGCCUGUAGCGGGCAUCUCGUCAGUGGUCUGGGAGGGAGUGCAGGCGCGGGGCCUGGACAACAGGCUCAAGGACCUGAAUUGGUUGAGCCUUCAUAAGCGCUUGCCAAUACGUUCCAUCUUGUACCGGUAUAGUUUGGUGCAAUCCCCCACCUGUCCAAGAUCCUCUUGUGGCAGGGAGGAGACUGUGCGCCAUGUCUUUUGGGACUGUGCCUUUGCCGGAGUAGUAUGGGCUAGGGCACGGGUGAUGCUAGGUGUGGUUAGGAGUGAUUUUGUUUUGACAUGGGCUAGGCUAGAGGAGAGGCGUAGGGAGAGCAAAGGGAACGGAUAGGGACAGGUUUCUGCUCUGGCUUGUCAUGAGUCUCUUUAAAAGGGACUGUGGGAAGCCAGGCAGAAUUUAGUCAA